AUGGUCUUCUCUUUCCUGCCGAGCAUUGUCCCGGCCUUUCCAGAGUAUACGGGACCCUACAAAGUGGGCACUGUAGACGUCGAAAUCCCAAUAUCGAAGAUUGGCUCGGUGAGCGCAAUCCCAAAAGAAGCUGAUCACAUCCACACCAUUCAGUUCAGGCUAUACUAUCCCGCUACUCCUGACACAAACAAUGAGAGCAUAACCUGGCUCCCGCCUCCUCAGCGUCUCGCUGUUUGGGCUUAUAGCCAGUUUCUUGGCCUGAGUUCCCGAGUUGCAUCCGUUCUAUCGUUCUUGCCAAGGCAUCUUCAUUACAUCAAAAUCCCGGUUCACGCAAAUGCUACGCUCUUGUCUCCUCAGUCAGCUGGUAAUCCGCAAUCUCGAUGGCCAACGGUUCUCUUCUCUCACGGACUCGGCGGUAGUCGGAAUGCCUAUAGUCAUAUUGCCGGAUCCCUAGCGUCUCAUGGCAUGGUGGUGUUCUGCCCCGAACAUCGGGAUGCCAGCGCAGCCAUAUCCAUAAUCCGCGAUCCCAGUGAUCCCAAGUUGUCGCAUAUCGUACGCUGUCUUCGCAUCGAGCACAGCCAUACCCCGGAAGUUUGGGCCAAGCGUGAGGCACAAAUCCGGAUUCGCGCAUGGGAGAUAGGACUUCUCAUGGAGGCGAUCCACAAUAUUGACCUUGGCGACAACGACCUCAUCAAGGCCAACCUCAGCACCCCGAGUCCCACCCCGUUGUCGGCUCUGUAUCAGUUUACUGGACAACUUGAUGUGCAUGAGCCUGGCAAGAUGAUCUUUGGCGGACACUCUUUCGGCUCUGCAACCAUAGUUCAGGUGCUCAAGAGCACAUACUAUGCAGGCCAUCCAGACAUCGCCAAGUGGGAUAACCCUCUGUUCAGGCCAGUGGAAAACUCGGCUAUCCGUCGUCAGAUCACCGAAAACACACCAACGUUCCUUCUCGACAUGUGGUGUUUCCCUAUCCUCUCGGCCGCCUCUGCCCCUCUCUUCAACUUGCCGCUUCCCGCUUAUUCCCCUACUGCUGCCUCUCCUGUCGGUGGCAACGGCAUCCUGGCCAUUGAGUCGGAGGCGUUCUACAAGUGGAAGGAGAACAUGCACAGCACGGCACGAAUUGUGUCGCCGGACCCUUCGGCCAAGGUCGUUUCGCAGGCGGCAUUCGAGAGAUCAAGUGGAAACGAAUCCACGAAGGGAUCAGUGACAAAGCUGAGCGAGCCUGGCGUUUUCUAUGUCCAAAACAGUGCCCAUCUCAAUCAGAGCGACUUUGGUGUGCUGUUCCCAUGGGCAGUGAAGAAAAUCUUCAAAGGAGAGCAGCCGGAGCGGAUUCUCCGGUUGAACACCCGCGCUAUCCUGCAGUUCCUGAGAGCGAAUGGGGUCAGCGUUGCAAGAACCUGGUACGGUGACCUAGUGGAAGGCGGAGCAGAGGAAGACAUUGACCUCAAGAAAGGGAAGAAGCGGGUCGAUGGAGGUAUACACGAAGAUAAGGCCAUACUUGAGAAGAAGCCUGGCAAAGAGAAGGAGGGAGACACCAAAAAUGAAGAGAACGGGGAGAAGAAAUCCCUUUGGUCGAUCGAGGCGUGGAGGUGGAUUGACAUCAUCGGCAUGGGCGCAGAAUCUGGUCCUAGUGAGGCUGGAUUACAGUCCGGUGAGGCCACGGCCCAGGAGGCAGAAGAGGCCGAACGUGAUGAGGAGGAAAUGGAAGGACAGAUGGAGCCAGGAAUGAACCAUGAUGAUGUUGCGGAGCCUGCGUCGGCAAGAACCUUCCCUAGUGAGGGCAUCACCAGAGAUGCUCGCGCGGCUGUGGACGAGCGCAUAACGGCUUAG